AUGAAGAGCUUAAUCUUUCUCAUUAUCCUGGCUCUGGCGGUGGCAGAUGCCCAGUGGACGUGGCUCCAAAAUACUGGACAAUUUCUGAAGCAGGGCGCUCAAGGAUCGAGGGACAUGUGGAGAGCUUAUCAAGACAUGAGAAAAUCUAAUUAUAAAGGAGCAGAUAAAUAUUUCCAUGCACGGGGGAAUUAUGAUGCCGCACAAAGAGGACCUGGUGGGAGAUGGGCAGCAAAAAUGAUAAGUAAUGGAAGGGAAUACUGGCAAGACUCAGUCAGUGGCAGAGGGGCAGAAGACAGCCGUGCAGACCAAGAAGCCAACAAAUGGGGACGCAACGGUGGUGACCCCAAUCGCUACAGACCUAAAGGCCUCCCUAAUAAAUAUUAA